GCUCAGGGCAGCCCCGCUCCUGCCCUGGAGUCACCCGCAGGGCCGUCUGAGAGCCUGGCUCUGUGCGUGUGCAGGCGUGUGCUGGGACACGGGUGGAGCGGUUCUUUCCUGGGCCGGGCACGCUCCCUGUGACAGGGCUGGAGUCCUGUCACGUCAUUUCCUAGAGCGGCGAGAUGCCCCCGGGGAGAGCCUGCCACUGGGCCGGGGACCACGCCGGGGUGGGAUGGGGCACAGAGGGCUGAAGGUCAGUGGGGCUGUGGGGAGGCUCCCCCAGGGCCUCCCGGGGCCAGGUGCCGAGGAAUGGCCGUUUGCGAGACGCGGGGCCACCGUGGUCGUCUCCCACAGGAAACGGGCCACCGCCCCAGCGAAAGCCCAGCUAAACAUUUCCCCGCUCCCUGCCUGCGUCCUGGGGCCAGCGAGUCCCUGCGUGCAACCAGGGGGAAGGAGCUGCCGUGGUGGGCAGAGAGGUACAGGGUCGGUGGCUUUGGUUGUGUGGCAUGGGGUCCAUCCCCCCACGACCUCCCACGGGCUUCCUGUCUCUGCCCUUGCUGGGCCUCCGCGUCACCUUCGGCCCCGAGACGCAGCCGGACUGUGGUGACAUGCUCAUUAAGGGAGGCCUGGCUGUGACGUGGGCUGAACUUGCACGCGGGAGACGGCGCUCUGCGGGUGCUCCCGGGCCAGGCGCCUGGGGAGGGAUUUAAGCCACGCCGCCUGCUGAGCCGGUGCGGGGCUGGGACCCGGCCUGGGGCCCGUCAGCCGGCACUUGCUCCAGGGGCUGCAGGUGGACCUGCCCAGGGCGCGUGUCCGGAGUCACUCCGACCCCUCGGAUGUGUCGAGUCACUUGGCAACCGCGUGGGCCCUGGGGUAGGGAGUGGCCAUCCGGCAGUUUCCCCCCUGAGCAGAGGGAGCCGUUGUCACACGCGGGCCGAGCAUGGGGCCGAGCAAGGACUGUGGCGGGCGGGGCUGCUGGCUGACCCACUCGCUUUGAAGAUCCAAACAAGUCCGGCCACCAGGGCUUUGGGAACAGAAGGAAAGCCCCACCCUCGGGCCAAGGUUUUCCUGCUCUUUGAAAGAUCUUGGUUCCAGGUCCCACCCUCAGAAGGUUCUGGAAAUCAGCCUGCCCCAGAGGUACUCCAGGGAGGAGUGGGGAGUGCCAGUGAGCAGCAGUGGGUUUGCCCCCCUGGAAGCUCUCAUCUAAGCCAGGGGACCCUCACUGAGAGCGACGGCCAGCGGAAACUCAUCCACCGCCCCGGGCACCAGGAGAGCAGCCCUUCCUGGGCCCCCACGCUGACCGGGCGAGACCCGGGGAGACGGGCACAGUCGGAGAUUAACAACAAAACAGCAGUCUGCCAGCGUCACUACUCUUGUGCUUGGGGCCGUUGUUAAGUAAAUAAGGGUGACCUGGACGUGAGCCCUGCGACACCAGGACAGCCACCGACAUCGACCCAGGUACCUGAAACUCGGAGAGCAAAGCCGUGGCUAAGGGGACACCCUCCCCUGGGGAGCUGUGGCUCCAGCACCAUUCCCCACAGCGAACCUGGCGGUCGGACACCCUCAGACGGGGCCACGGGGCGCCGUGGCGGGCGGCCAGGGCAGGGCUUAUGGGGGUGGAGGCUCACUCCCUGUGGCGGAGUCUGAAGUCCUCUGUGGCUCACAAGUGCAGGGAGGCGGGCUUUCUAGCUUCCGCCCCUCUUGCAAGGACAGAUGCUGCUGCCAGUGCAGACCUCGGAGGGGGUCUGGCCCUCCGGGGCCCCUGGACAGGCCACGUGCCCUCGGGCCCUGCUGCGGGGGAGGGCGGAGCACGGCAGGGUGGCGCCCCAGGACAGAGGCCGCAGGUGGGCAGCGUGCCCCUUGCAGUCCCCAGAACAUUCCUGCGGUUCAGUGGGCGGGAGGCAGGGCGGGGAGGCUCACUGCCUGGCAGGGGCAGGGCCACCUGUCCCUGCGGGCUCGCCCUGCGUCAGACCGGCUGGUGGCAUUCCGUCUACUCUCCCACAAUGCCGCCGUGCCUCCCUCCCCCAGGCCUGGCCGUGUCCGGAGCUGCCCCCCAGGCUCCGGCCAGUGAGAACAUGCGGCCGCCAAGAAUAGCGCCUCGUAUCUGGACGGCAGCCGCCACGGCCUCGCGGCCGCCCUGCCAGGCCCUGUGCCGGCAGGCUGGGCCCGCGUCCCACCGCCCUUCCUGGUUCUCUGCGGGUAGGUGCCUUGUCUCCCAGGCCGGAAUCCUUCUGGUCAGGCACCCUGAUCAUCACAAACUGUUUGCACACCCCGCAGUGUACGUGUGUGUGUGUGUGCACGCGCCAUCCCUCCGUGUACUCGGGGACUGGCUUCAGGAGCCCCGGACGCUGCAGUCGGCCCCGGCGAGCCCACGUGUGCAAGGCGGCCCUCUGCGUGCAGGUUCUGAGUCCUGGGAAUUCCGUACUGGCUGGAAAGCAUUCCGUGUGUCAGUGGACUCGCAUGUUCAAACCCGCGUUGUUCAAGGGUCAACAAUGUAUGUGCGUGUGUGUGUGUAUGUGUGUGUGUGUGUGUGUAUUAAAUCAUGUAUUGUUCUCUCGCUAGCUAGGGUCCCAAGGCGAGCACAGCACACGCACUUAAGUGAGGUUUGCCACGGCAGCGGGUGUUAAUCCACCACGUGAGAGUGUGAACCAGUAACCUCCAAGGUGACCCCCACAGGCUGGUUCUUGGAGCCCAGCCUGCGAGCCUGGGUGUUGGGGACCGAAGUCACCCCGGAGGCCCACGUACUGUCCCUGCCCAGGAGCUCAGAGGUGCUGGAACCAGCCCCAGCUGGGUCUCCUCUGGCCCCGUGUCCCGGCGCUGGGUGUCAGGGUGUCAGGAAGUGUCUGGGCUGCUUCUGGGCCUCGCCUGGCCCAGCGGCUGUGCCUGGGAGGCCCGGGCUCCUUUCUGCCCCGUGUUCCAGAAAGCUCUCCUGUCCCCAGGCCGCCCUAGCUCCGGUGCCUUUUCACGCUUCUCUGACUCCACGGGGCUGACUCAGGACUGUGGAGUGUUCCCGGCAGCUGAUGGAUGACUCUGGAACUUGGGAACCGUCCCCACGGCCAAAGAGAGCCCCACGGAGGUGACGAGGCCACAGCUCAACGCCCGCGAACCCUUUGCCGGCGGUCACAGGACCAGGGGUGAGAGGCAGGUGCGCAUUCAAUCCCGCAGGGCGAGCGGCACUCCCUGUGGGGGGGACAGAGGCCCUGCGGCCCGGACGCCGGAGCCGGGACCGUCCCCGUGUCCUGCACUACGGCUGCGCCUGGUCAGCUGAGACAUGCCGCCCGCCCCAGCCCUGCUCCAGACCCCAGGGCACGCCCCGCCAGCUGCGGCCGCUCGAGCUUCCCGUUCAUCUGCUGAGCCUUCGUGUCUUUGAUUUUAUCGUGGUAAAAUAUACAUAACGUGCAAUAGGACGAUUUGCCAUCUCCAGUGCACAGUUCAGGGGCACUGGGCACAUCACGGUGUCACGCAACCGUCACCACCGUCCAUCUGCAGAACUUUCUCACCUUCCCAAACUGAAAUUCUGGCCCUAAUAAACGUUAAUCCCCACCAGCCUCUGGCACCCGCCUUUCCUUCUGUCUCUGCGAGUCUGACCACUCCAGGGACCGCACGCCAGUGGCACUAUGCACCAUUUGUGCUUUUGCCACUGGCUUAUGAAGUCCUCAGCGUUCAUCCGUGUUGCAGCGUGUGUCAGAAUUUCCUCUCUCUGUGAGGUGAGUACCUUCCAUCGGCUGCAUGUGCCGCCUCCUGCUAGCUCUUCACCCACCGGCGGGCGCGGGGCUGCGUCCACCGUGGCUAUCACGAGCGCGCUGCCGUGAGCAUGGCGCGCAAACGUCUCUCU